AAACCAAUACGAUUAAUGGUGUUGUAUUAAAAUAUCAUGAGCCUUCUGAAGCAAGAAAACCAACGAAGAGAUGGAGAUUGUAUGUGUUCAAAGACACAGAACAGCUAGAUGUCUUUCAUGUUUAUCGUCAAAGUGCUUAUCUAUUAGGCCGUGAUAGGAAAGUUGCGGAUAUUCCAAUUGACCACCCAUCGUGCUCCAGUCAACAUGCAGUUUUGCAAUUUCGACAAGUAUCAGUUACCGACGAAAAUACGGGAGAGAAGAAAUCUGAGGUCAAACCAUACAUAAUUGAUCUCGAAUCAACUAACCAUACGUUUGUAAAUAAAGCAGAAAUUCCAACCUCAAGAUAUGUGGAAUUACGUCCAUCCGAU